UUUAAUAAAGUGCAUGUUAUGUGAAAAUAAUAAAUUUGUUUUAUUGACAGGAUUAUAGGAUUAAAUAAACAUGAGUGGGAUUCUUCCCAACCAAGCAGAGGACGGCGCAGAAGAAAACAUUCCUUUGAAGACAAAUUACACUCCUUCAACUUUACAUAAGAAACUACAAAAACAACGACAGAAACUACAAAACAAACGAGCGGUUCUAAACGAGCCGAAGAAAACGUCGCUGAUGCCGGUAACGAGAUUACAAAUUCCUAAUCGAGGAUAUCAACGCAUAGACGAUUCACCUUUGGUGUCGCUGCAGUCAGACAGCGAGGAUGAAUUAUUUUUGUCGAACAAACCAACGACGGCACGACAAGUAAACAAACAGUUGUCACGGCAACUCGCUAAAGAUGGAUUCCAAUUGGACGAGACACCGGACGACGAGGCUUUGGAUCUGAUUCCCCCGAACGAUUUCCCCGAAGAAAACAUCGCUGAUGCCGGUAACGAGGAUGAAUUAUUUUUGUCGAACAAACCAACGACGGCACGACAAGUAAACAAACAGUUGUCACGGCAACUCGCUAAAGAUGGAUUCCAAUUGGACGAGACACCGGACGACGAGGCUUUGGAUCUGAUUCCCCCGAACGAUUUCCGCGAAGGCCAUUAUUUCGCUUGUUGUAACGCUUAUACAAUCAAAUGUAUUGUUAUGUAA